CUCGUUGGUGCUAAAGAUGGCCGGCGAUGGAGGCGCUCUGAAGGAUAUUAACGAGAUCAAGUCGCAGUUCCGCACCAGGGAGGGUUUCUACAAGCUGCUCACGCUCUCGGACUCGCAGCAGCGGGCCGGAUUAGCGCGCGGUCCCGGCGCUGGAGGUGCCGCAGCCGGUGCCGCCUCGAUACCGGGGGGCGGCGGCGGUGUGGUCCCGGGACCCGGCGGCUCCUCUCCGGCUUCGGCGGGCUUCCUGCCCCCGGUGCGGGUCUCCAUGGUGAAGCUUCAGCCGGAAGACCCGAGCGAGGAGUCCGAGCGAGUCUGCUUCAACGUCGGCCGCGAGCUCUAUUUCUACACGUACACCAAUAUUAAAAAGGCAGUGGAUCUUAGUAAGCCUAUAGAUAAGCGUAUAUAUAAAGGGACGCAACCCACGUGUCAUGACUUUAAUCAGUAUUCAGCGACUGCGGACAGCGUGGCUCUCAUCGUGGGCUUCUCGGCAGGCCAGGUGCAGUACCUGGACCCCAUCAAAAAAGAGACCAGCAAGCUCUUCAAUGAAGAGAGAUUAAUAGACAAAACUAAAGUGACCUGUCUCAAGUGGCUCCCUAAAUCUGAGAACUUAUUCCUGGCCUCCCAUGCUAGUGGUCACCUCUACCUCUAUAAUGUGGAGCACCCAUGUGGCACAACAGCGCCGCAGUAUUCUCUGCUUCGGCAGGGUGAAGGAUUUGCUGUUUACGCUUGCAAAACCAAAACGCCUCGUAAUCCACUUCUGAGAUGGGCGGUGGGGGAAGGCGGGCUGAACGAAUUUGCAUUUUCGCCUGACGGUGUGCACAUAGCUUGUGUCGGCCAAGAUGGCUGCCUACGUGUCUUUCAUUUUGAUUCAAUGGAGCUGCAUGGCGUCAUGAAGAGCUACUUUGGUGGCUUGCUCUGCGUUUCAUGGAGUCCGGAUGGGAAAUAUUUGGCUACAGGUGGAGAAGACGACUUGGUCACUGUAUGGUCGUUUGCAGAGAGUCGUGUGGUGGCACGAGGUCACGGCCACAAGUCCUGGGUCAACGUGGUGGCUUUCGACCCCUUUACCACCAGCUUAGAAGAAGAGGAACCGAUGGAGCUUAGCGGUAGUGAGGAGGACCUCCACCAGGGCCAGGGGGCACUAAAUUUUGGUCGUGUCCGAACCAGCAGCACUUUGUCCCGUCUCUCUCGACACAGCUCUAAAGGCGGCGGGCCGUCUGUCUCCUACCGCUUCGGAUCGGUCGGACAAGAUACCCAGUUUUGCCUCUGGGAUCUCACAGAUGACGUCCUGUAUCCUCGACUUCCCCUUUCCCGUGCCCUCACCAACACAUUUGGCUCCAACGCGCCACCUUCCAUUAGUGCAGGAUUGAACAGCACGAGCGGGAGUGGAGGGGUUGAAGGUCACCAUCACCCUUCCAACACCCAUCAGACAGCGUCAUUGCCCCUUCCUCUACCUCGCUCGCUCUCAAGGUCCAAUUCCCUUCCACAUCCUGCUGUUGCAAAUGCUUCAAAAGGCCAAGGGGGGACGGAAAGUGGAGGGACAGGAGGAAGUGGAGGAGGAAGCAGUGCUCCCUUUAGCAUUGGACGUUUUGCAACACUGUCGCUCCAAGAGCGCAAAUCAGACAAGUCUGCCACUGGAGGGGAUAAGGAGCACAAGCGCUACCACAGUCUUGGGAACAUCAGCAAGAGCAACGACAAGAUCAAUGUAGCGCCACGUAGCAACCGAUUGGAUGCCUCUAAGGUGCUGGGAACAACGUUGUGUCCACGGAUGAAUGAAGUCCCUUUGCUAGAACCUCUCGUUUGUAAGAAGAUCGCACAUGAGAGGCUCACAGUUCUUGUCUUCAUGGACGAUUGCAUCAUCACUGCAUGCCAAGAGGGACUCAUCUGCACCUGGGCACGGCCGGGCAAAAUGGUGAGACCUGAAAUUGAUGCAUUCUUCUCAACCAUUAUCGACACAAAACGGAAACUCACCCAGUGGAACGGUGGUAUAGCCGGCAGCAAAUUUUUUUCCACACUCACCUGCACUGACGCUUCCUGUUUUCAGAGGCUUGCCUUCCUGUCCUUGAGGCCUGGAGUUGGUCUGGCACAGUGUCACCACUGUUGUUACCCCGUCUCAUCUUCAUAACCACACAAACACAAAAUACACACAUGCAGCUUAUCUGAAGACAAAUAUACAAAGACGGUGGCACGAACCACACAAAUGUACAUACUCUUAUCUUCCAUAUCAGCUUCCCACUAUGUUCAUUUCACUUUUCCUUUGAUGGAAAGGAGACUGAGACAUUCAUUCCAUCGCCCCCUUGCCAAGAGGGGAGGGGGAAAAAAAAAAACGCUGCAGAUGCCACGGCCAUUGUAUCUUAUUUAUUUAUUUUAUCAUUGAAACUGUAGUAAUUUAUAUUGUACAUAUUCAGAAUACUCUAUAAAGGCAGAGGACAAAAUGUAUUGAAAUAACAAACUCAAAUAAUUAAUAUAUGAAAAUCCUAUAUUGUACAUAGUAACAGUUGCGUUUGAAUGUUAUGUUUGUGAAACAUAGGGGAUCUAAAGAUUUAGCGUUUCUGUAUGCUAGUGCUACCUAUGCUGUUAAGGCCAAUCAUUGGGAUUUGAUGAAGUAGCUGCAUUCCCUUUAGCCUGAACUGAGAUUUCGCCUUUUUCUCAGACAGCUAGGGUUUCCUGACCCUUAGUGAACACAGUCUUAAAGAGUUCCAUGUUUAACAAGGUCAACGUACUGAGCUAAAAUGCUACUAGCUUAAGUUUGGUGAAUAGCCAAAGCAAAAAUGAAGUGUUUUUACAAGCUUUCUCAAAGCUAAGCUUUCUUGAAGUUGCUAACUCCAGUUUUUUUGAUUGCUGGUGGACAAAAAUCAACGUUUUAAGUCCUUCAGUGAAUUAAACUAGGCUUCGCAAAACCCUUGCCUUGUUGAACACAAGAUAUUUCGCUAGCUAAUUAGGCUAGCUAACCUAAGAAAGAUACUUGUCACUGUAGUUCAGUAACAUAUUUAUCUACUGUAGCAUCUAGUAGGCAGCAUUUGUCUUACCUGCUAUGCCUCUUGCAAGAAUUUGCACAAUUUGACAAUUUGAGUUUUAGCCGAUUAGACCAGUGCAGAAGGUUUUCCAGAAGGUUGAAUGUUUGAGCUAGCGAGUUGGAAAACAUAAGAAUUUCAGACAAAAUUCAUAAUCAUUUGAGGAAUGUGGAACUAUCCUACUGUCUAACUGAUUUUGGAUUAGUGUAACUCUGACUGUGGUGGUUUCCCCAUUAUCAUUCUUAUUAAAGGACUUUUUCUUGAGGACCCCCAAGCUCAAGUGCUGAGAUAACUAGCUGUCUUGGUUAUGCUUGUAAUGUUUUGGUAUAAAGAUAAGGUUUAAGUAAUAAUGUUUAAGGUAUUGAAAAACCUGUGUUCAUUUAAGUGGUUUGACUUAGUACUUUGUUUUAAAGCAUGGCAGAAGCAAACUACCAAACUAGCCUGCUAUUUGAUCUUAGCUUAGCUACAUUCAAUAUCUUAGCUUAGCUAGGUAGCAGACCAGCUCUGUAGGGAGGACCACCACAGUCACCAGAACAGCUGCUGAUCUAGGUUAUGUAAUUAUGAAACUAAGAUUUCCAACAAAAAGAUAAACACUUAGCUAGAAAGCUUCUCUGCAUUUGAAUGCUGUUUAACACGCCUUCAUCGUGUGUGUCGCCAACUGUCAAUAUUGAGUGGAUAAUGGGAAACAAAUAAUUAAACAGAAACACGCUUGACAUUGACAGCAAGAAUAAUGUGGCUUAAAUGAUUUGCUUGGAGUUGUAUGCGCUCAGUAUAUCCUUCAGCAUACUAACUAGCUAACAAGGCGAAGUAACUAAGCUCUAUCAGCUUUGCUUUUUACAUUUAUAAACAGAUUUGUCCACCAUUUUGAUUGAACUCCAUUAUCAGACCUGCCAGCCUUCUGCAUUUUAACACCAGAAUAUGCUGUUAUGAAUUAUCACUCAAAAAUACACCAAAAGAGCAGCCCCGCCCAAAUAAAAACACCAGAUGAGCCAAUCGAUAUAUGAAUAUCGGAGUAGGAAAUGAUUGACAAUCGCAUAGGUGUUUUGAACUCUCCUAUAUUAACUGACACACCUGGAAGCUCCGCCCCUUCCCCCAUCUCAAAUUAGUAAUAUUUUGGCUGGUAGUCUCUUCUUGACUCAAAUUUCCCACUUGAAAGAUGCGGCACGCUCACUCAUUUAUGAGAUCUAUCAAUGUAUAUUUGUCUUAGCUAACAUUAGACAACUAUAUAGCUAAUAUCUGUUAAGUAGAGAUUUUAUUAGAGAUGUACCGAAAUUUUGGCGACUGGGGGGAAAAAAAAAAAAACUGAAAAUUUUGAAUGAAAACAAAAAGAUUAUUUUUUUUUUUGGCAGCCAAAUGUUUAUGGCAUUUUUAUUCCAUCCACGCAUUCCCAGACUACUAAUUAUUGCUCUUGGAGGUUGGCAGGUCUGCGUCCGAAACCGUAUCUUAGCUUGAGAUGGUAUCGCAUGGUUUUACGCUGACUCGAUUCUUCAUCUAACAGGCGAACAGUAACCAAGCGGUCCUUGAGAUGACAGCAGAGAUUCAUCGAUGGAGACAUGGAAAGGGGGCGUCGACGAGGGCGUGUUUAAAAGCAGUAUUUGAAUGCAGGACUAGAUUCAUUUUUUAAGCGUUGCCCAAGCUACGUUAAGCUACUGAAGCAAGGGAUGCACUUUUUCUCUAUCCGUUAUCAUUCCUACCUGCUGAAAAGACAAGUUGUGGGAUUUUCUAAUGUGACCAGUGUUUUAAUCCUUGAUUUACAUUGUGUGCUUUUGUAUUGUUGUUUUUUUUUUUUCUUUCUUUUUUUUAAAUUUCAAUUUUUUGAACAGUUUGGGGUCUUUUUUUUUUUUUUUUUUUUUUUUUUUUUUAAAUAUAUUUUUUUCUUUCUAUAGCUAUCAUACUACACAAAAAGUAUCUUUAUUAGCAGGGAUGCACUGAUCUUUUCUGCAUGUUUUGAUUUUGCUGUUUGUAUAAACUUAAGUAUAAUUUUAUCAGCCAAUUGCAAAUUUGAUCAUGUAACAUCACCACUGCUCUUUCUUUUGGAUAACUUCAGUUUGACAUACUGCUUAGCAUAAAUUUCUGGUAUAACUUACUCAGUAUUAUAGUUUAGCAACACUACGUUAACUAGCUACCUAAACACAGCACUGCUCUAACGAAGCUAGCUAGGUACACUUCCAUGCAAGCUAGUGUUAGGCCGGCUAUUUUGCUGUGUAAAUAUAUAAAAUGAGCUCUAGCUAUCUUACUAUCAAUAGGAUAACUUUUGUAUUGUGUAAAUUAAACCAGUAUUUUAUGUUACGCAGCAAGUUAAGUUAGUGGUGAUGUCACAUGAAGUUCGGUCUACGAUCCUCUCUCAUAUUCAGUUGAAGAAAUUAAAUCAGUGCAUCCCUGUUUACUAACACGCAAAAGGCAGCGGACCAAAUCAUUUAGUGUAUGUUGUAGCCUUGUUGAGUGUUUUAGCACAAGACAAAAAUGCUAUUGCCUGAGCAAAAACCAUUUCAUUACGCGAGUAUGCUGGUAAUCUGGAAAAAAAAUGGCUGCCAUCUAUCGUUGGUGUGUGUGCGUCCUAACAGCCGCGUGUAAGAAAGUAUAUACCACUAUUUCAACAACGACAAUGCCUAAAUCUGUACACUGAAAGACUCUCUUGCAGGCGAUGGCCCAUUCUUUAACGUCGCUUAUCUUUCAAUGCGACUUCCAUAAGCAUGCGAUUUUAUUUCUGAGUAUGUGUGCAUUUAACACGGUUACACAGUAAUGCCUGAGACCAAUGAAGUGGCAAUCGACAUCACAAUAUCAAGUUUGUAUAUGGAAAUCUGUUAUUAAAACCCUUAAAUCCUGUG